AUGGAUAAAGAUAAGUCUAAUUCAGGUGGAGGAGAAAUUAAAUACAGAGGAGUGAGAAAGAGGCCAUGGGGGAAAUACGCGGCGGAGAUAAGAGAUAUUAACAAAAACGGAGCAAGGGUGUGGCUGGGGACUUAUGCUACUGCAGAAGAAGCUGCAAGAGCUUAUGAUAAAGCCGCCUUCGAAAUGAGAGGUCGUUUUGCUGUUCUCAAUUUCCCCCAUGAGUAUCCAUCUUUAUCCUCUCACCAUCUUUCUUCUUCUUCUUCGUCUUGUUCAUAUUCUUUGUCAUCUUCGUCAUCAUCAUCAACGUCCCAUUCGUCUGUUCACAAUGGGCAUGAAGUAAAAGAAGUGAUUGAAUUUGAGUACUUGGAUGAUAAGUUAUUGGAGGAGCUUCUUUGUUUCGAAUAUGACAAAUCCCAGUACAAGUAG